UUAUUUUGUCUUAAUGAUAACUUAUAGUAAUACUACCAAACAUGGCUUCUCUUGUGAUGGUGCAUAAUUCACUUCUUCUUCUGUUUUUCAUCAGAGAUCUCAUCAUUAUCUUUAAUGGCGAAACCAUCUUUCCUCCAUAGCAAUAUCAUACUAACCAUCAUCGUCAUCUUCAUCAACAUCAACCUUUCCUUUAAGACCUCAUUCUUAUAGCACAGAACCCUUUUCUUUUCUUUUCUUUUUUUGGGUAAAUUAUUUCCUUUUUGUGGGUUCUGACUGUCCGUGCAUUGGUACUAUCAUUUUGUUGAUUCAUGAAACUUUGAUGGUUCUAGGGGAAAAAGGGUCCUUAAGUUUGAUGAAUAAAGGUGGGGUAAAGAGUUCUGCAUACGUGCAUGGGAUGUCAUGCAUAUCCACGAUCGAUUCCCCGGAGAUUUGCAAUGAAGACGGGAGAUGUUUGGUUGAAGAGAAAGUGGUGGGAAAGGAGACCAAAAGAGAAGAUUUUGAGGCAAUGAAAACAUGCUGCAGCAGUUCCUCAACAUCAUCCAUUGGAAAGAACAGUGAUGUUUCCGGCAGGUCAGUUGAGAAUCCCGGGGACUCUGCUGAGGUGCAAAGCUCCUAUAAAGGCCCCUUAGAUGCAAUGGAAGCUUUGGAAGAGGUUUUACCCAUAAGAAGAGGCAUUUCAAGCUUCUACAAUGGCAAGUCGAAGUCAUUUGCAAGUCUAGCUGAUGCUGCUUCUUCAACCUCCUCCAUCAAAGACAUCGGGAAGCCGGAAAAUGCCUACAUUAGGAAGCGAAGAAACCAGCUUGCCUGCAGUCUUGCCUGGGACAGCAACAAGAGCAGAAGUUCCCCACUUAGAAGCAACAGUGGUGGAGUGUCAAAAAGAGUAAUCAACUCAGGUCGUACCAGUUUGGCUCUUGCAGUCACAAUGAGCAGUUCUGGAAUCUACCACGCUAAGAAUGAAAAUGCGAGUCCUGGGCCGAAAGAUAUGAUAUCGGCUUCUCCACCUUCCCUUCUUGGAGCUUGUCACCAUUCGCAAUUCAGAGACUACCACCUGCAUAACGGAUCAUCCUUGGCGGCGCCGCCUCCACGGCAGAACUUCUCUGCCUGGAGAUCACUCUCCUUGGCUGAUUUACAGCAAUGUGUUUCCAUUACAGCUGCCUGUACAUCUUCUAGUACAAGUCGGUUAGAUAUAAAGCCCUCUAAGACAUAGUUUUCACAAGAGACUCGUUAAUUUCUUGUUAACCAAGAAGAGCUCCAGGAGAAGCCAUAUUGAUCAGUAGACUUGUAAAUCUGCUCCUUCCCUCACUUCUUUAUUU